CCUUGACCGGUGCCAAAAAUACUCAAAGUUGGUGUGUCGGCUAAGGAGCUUUUGACAACACCGAUCUCAUCCGGAACGGCUCGUAAGAGGCCAUAGGUGGGGCCAUAUCUGCCCUGCCUAUAUUGACUGUAUAAACUUCAUAGGACAAGAAGAAGAUGCUAUGAAUUCAAUGCAGAUACUGAGCGCAAUGUACUAGGACGACCAGGAACACCUGCAACACCGUUGGCUAGAGGUUGAAGAAUGAUGGAGGGUAUGCUAAGAAGAUCCGGCCCUUAAUUAUCUCAGAUCUCACAGACAUGGCGGGUCUGAACUAUGUGAGCUUCAACCAAGAUCACAGCCUGCUGGCUGUUGCGACCACGCGAGGACUGCGCAUCUACGGCACCGAUCCCUUCGAGCUGGCCACAUACUCCAGCGAUGAUGACAUCUCUUUGGUCGAGCAACUCUUCUCCACCUCGCUGGUAGCCAUGGUCACCACUUCCCCAAGGCUGCUUCGCAUCGUCAACACCAAGCGGCACUCAACCAUAUGCGAAAUGAGCUUCCACGAUACGGUGGUGGCAGUGAGGAUGAACCGCAAGCGUUUGGUAGCGGUGACCGGCGAUGCGGCCUUCUUCUACGACAUCAGCACCAUGUACCACGUCCACACCCAAGAAACUCCCAUAAACCCCACGGGUAUAUGCGCCAUGUCCACGAACGCGGAACGCAACUACCUCGCUCUCCCACACCCUCAGAAAGGUUCAUCAGGUCAACAUCAGCAACCCGCGCACGUCCCACAAACACCGAAGAAGCGAGAGCCGAUGAGUGGAGACGUGCUACUGUACGAUCUGAAUAACCAGGAAGAGGUCACGGUCAUACAAGCACAUCAAACACCACUGUCCUACAUCGCGAUGAACGAGGGCGGCACACUACUCGCAACUGCGUCCGAGAAAGGGACCGUCAUCCGAGUCUUCACUGUUCCGGACGGAAAGAAGCUGUACCAAUUCCGCCGGGGUAGCAUGCCGACCCGCAUCUACUGCAUGACCUUCAACGCGACCUCGACCCUCCUCUGCGUGUCAUCCGCGACAGAAACCGUGCACAUCUUCAAGCUCGCACCACCAAGCGCGAGCCACGCCGGCAACGCAAAUGGGAACAGUGCGCUCCCCGCCUCUCCACCGUCUUCACCACGCAAGUCGAGCUUCGGCGGCUGGUCAUCAGGACGUGAACGCAGCGUCAGCCCGUCGACCUCCGAGGACCCGAGCGAGAGCGCUGCCUUCGACCGUGACCCGCUCGCUGCGCCUGCUGCCAAAACGCCGCGGCAGCCAGGCUUCAUGUCGUUUGUCCGCCGCACCUCACAGAACGUCUCCACGGGCCUUGUCACGCGCGCGGCCGGCUACCUGCCCAGCUCCGUGACAGAAAUGUGGGAGCCGCAGCGGGACUUUGCGUGGGUGCGGGUGCCGCGCAGUGUUAAUGGCGCGGCGGUGCGGAGUGUGGUGGCAAUGGCGAACAAUGUGCCCCAUGUUAUGGUUGCCACGAAUGAAGGAGACUUUUAUGUUUACACGAUAGAUCUGGAGAAAGGUGGGGAGGGCACGCUGAUCAAACGAUAUGAGUAUGCCAAUACACCGAAGCACGCGCUGUCGUGGUGUCUGCUAACGUGCUUAUAGUGAGAUACACGGCCUAAAGCAUCGACGAGGUCACGAUGCUGACGAUUGAUGGACGAUUGCGACAGGUUGAGAAUGUUUUCGUUGCAGCGUUCAAGCGGGAACGGGAGGUUGUUUCACCUCCUCGAGCCAUCUUGCUCUACUAGUCUCUCAUGAUAAAGCUAUGCUUUUGUAGCUGCCCGCAGCUGUGUUGGGUAUCCGUGCCAGGUGCGCCGGAAGAUGCAACGCUACUC